AUGGACUGGGCUAUUAAAGCAGUUAAAAAGAGGAUGAAAUCUCGAGGUGGGGAUUCUAGGUCCAUUGUUGAGUCUUUAAACAGACUGAAUGACACUGUAUUAGAAGGGCAUGAUGAGAUGAAUGGGCUGCUUCAUGAAGCUAAUGAUUGGCUAAAUUUUGAGAUGAAACGAGUUGGAUUUAGACAUCAGGAAAUUAGGGAAAAUUCAGAGAGUUCAGGAUCAGAACUCACACCAAUACACAAGGGGAUACGCGUUUCACCUCUUAACAAAGGUUUAGCAGUCAGUUGUGGUGGCGACACAAUUCCACCGUAUAAUGGGUUUGGACAACAUGCUACGCCGAGAUCAUUGCCUGUUGAAGAAGAGGAGCUAACAAGUAGGGGAUUGUCUACAACAGCUAUAGAUACGCAGUCUCAAAGGUUAGUUAAUGUUUCUGAUAUUGACCACCAGGAGGAUGAUCGAAUUAAAGAACCAGAAUCCGCAACUCCUAAGGCAGUUAUUAAUAAACAUGAAGAUACAGCGAAAUCAUCUCCAUGGUCUCCAUAUAAGGUGGCUAAAACCUUAAAGGAGGGAACCUAUAAACAAUUGCAGCACGAAUCGGAGAAUACCAACAGUGCAGACCAUAAUACUACGCACGAAACGGAUUCAGUUACCGAAAAGUCGAUAAUCCAGUCUAAGAUUUCUCUUUCUAAAAGUCCUGAAAACACUUUUUUGCAAAAGGCAGCCAACUUUGUGCCUCCAAGCAGAGAUCGGACUCUGAGGCGAUCUAAUAUGUUCGUGCCUCUUCCGAAUAAAGAUCCAUUAGUGGUUCAACCAAUGGUAAGCAAGAACAAAUCUAUAAAAAAUAUAAGUCCCACUGUUACCAAGCCUUUAAAAGGAGCCGUUCAACCAGUUUCCACUGAGGAAAAUGAAGGCUCGACAAAACUAUCCGGAACUAGGUCGUCAUAUCAAGGAACCAAAGGCCGCUCGGGCUCGAUAUUUGAUAGGCUUUCCUCUAUUCCAACAAAGUCUUUCGAAAAAAAAAUUGCAUCUAGAUCACCUCAUUAUAUAUCAAGGUCACCUACAAAGGGCACAUUAUCUCCUGAACCUCGUUAUUUUCAAUCAUCCAAAACAAACGUUAACGGAUCACCUGCUAGAAGGAAAUCCACCGCUGAUGAAACUUUUGAUCGAUCUGACGAUCACAUUCAGGCCACUUUGAAGAAUAUAUUUGAUACCCAAAUCCCAGUACUAUCAAACAAUGAACUUCGAUGCAGAAAUUCCUUGGCCGCCAAAAAGAAAAACCCCCCAAGUGGCUCACAGAUAAAGCGAACAUCCUUAAUACCCAGACUUGAUAGAUCAGUUUAUAAUUCAAAGAAUAUUCUUCACACAGAAAAGAGGGGCAGAAGUAUGACUCCAAUCAAGAGAGGAGAUAUGACAUCGAAGGUAAGAAAGCUGAACUUUAAUCCAUCUCCACACCGAGUAGUGAAUCUAGUGACUCAAGCGAAGCCUAUCAACAACUACAACCAAUCAGUACAAACACCAUCUAAGACAGUUUUUACAUCAAAAGUGCAAUCUGCAUCUUCUGUUUCAUCAACCAUGAAAUUUGAAACUGAACAAACGCCACUAUCUAAAACAGCAGUAAAAACACCAACAGUAAAAACUCCUGGUUUAAUUGGAACAAAAUUGGCCUCAUCUAAAGUGCUUGGUAAGACAGGCAUUACAAAAGCCUUCCCUACAGAUGAAACAAUUCAUUCUGCGAAUCACUGCAGUUCUAUGGGACAAAAAUCUACAGGGAAGGUUGAUCAAGUUGCUCAAGACGUUAAAGACUCGAUUGUUCAAUUAAAUGGUGCUCAUGAUCGCUUAACAAAAUUUCAGCUAUUACCUCAGGCAGGUUCUGAGAAGCAAGAUUUGAGAAAGAAAUUAGACAAAAGGUUAUCGGAGGUAAUGAGAAAUCAACAGGAACAACAAAUAUUGAGACGCAGACAAGAACAACAGAAGAGGAAGUCUCAAUUAGAAGAGGGUAAAAAAAGAAGAACUAAAAUUUUAUCUGACUUUCCUGAUAAUGGCGCUGUAAAAUCAAAGGUGAACACAACUAAUUCCUAUUUGACUAAACUUCCGAACCAGUCCGUCUUAUACGACUUGCACACCGCUGAUCACAGAUCAAAUACUGGCUCCAGUAAAAAUAAUGACCAUCUAAAUGUUCCCACGCAUGUAUGCGAUACGACAUUACCAGAUAUAGAUUCUGAUUCUGAGAAUGAAAGUGGCUCGUAUAAAAUCUUAGCUGCAUGGGCCCAAUCCCCUUUCCUAGAAGAACAACUGUUACGUCAGCAGGACUGGGAUAUUGAAGAGAUAUUUGGGUCAAUACGGCCGCUUCAUAUCGAUGAGGUAUUUCACAACUCUAGGUUAUCCAAGUUGAAAUCAAGACAGUCUGUCUCACGGAUGAGUGUGGGUAAUAAUAAUACUGAAACGAAAUGA